AUGCCUCCCGUUAAAUAUGAUGUUAGAAUAGUAAAGAAUAGUGACGCCACCGAUCCGUCGUCUCCGCUGGAGACAGAACGUUGGCGCAGGAUAAGCGCCAGAAUCAAACGACCCAAUCCACUGUUCGAAGCAUGGCUAGAAGAAAUGAUUGCCAAGGCGGAGGAAAAAAACUCGAUGGGAAAGAUCGCCCUACAGAAAGCACUCGUCUCGUUGCGCCGUUACCCAUUACCACUGGCGUCGGGCCGAGACUGCAUAGUGUUGGUCGACUUCGGUAAGACGAUCUGUGAGAAUCUGGAUCGACGGUUGAAAAGCUAUCUGGCGUGUGGCGGGCGGGUAGAAACAGAUCACCAUGCAGCGAUCGAGGCAAUCCUUAACGAUGAGAAGGAAGAACACUACACGAAGCUUACGAGCGAUUCCUCGAGCCCGGAUAUCACCGAACCCGAGUUGAACGCCAUCGUCGAGCGUUAUCCAACUCCGCAAUGCUUGCGCCGCGCGUACGAUCGUUGUCCGAGUGAAACGGAACGGCAGCGGAUGCUGAACCUACCCUACGGGCCCACCAAACGCACCAUCGGGGACAAGCUGAGCGCAAUCAUCUACCAUCUGUUUACGAGUGAUCGCUACAUGGCGUGA